CCUUAACUAUAGGAAAAAUGUCUGAAUCGAACCAUCAAGUCCUUCAACUACAUCCGGAGUACCAUAUCAAAGGUUAUCGGUGGGAACUAACCACUACUAUCGUACAUCCAAUAUAUAAAGAGAAUUGAAUGCAGCAGAGAAUGAGUCGAAAAUUCUGCCACAGCACAGUUACUCUAUAUCAGGUUGUUGUCCUGAGGCAGUACACCUUAAGUAGAUAAGUGCCUAUCCAGGUUUAGCGCCGUCAGCUCCGAUCAUCUCUUAGAAUGGGAUCGCCAACCGACACAACAGCUUCAAGUUUAUUCUCUGUUUACCCGCGAAGGACGUCUCCCGUACGUCUAAGAAUAUGUCGUAUGCCGUGGAAACCAAGAAGCGCAAGUUUCAUCGAGUUCUGGAAUCAUUGACGAAACCUUCGAAUGCCGAAUCCUCCAACAAACCCACCCCCGCGGCAACUACAGCAACAGCAACAACAAACGAACGAAUUUCCGCGGACUUGGCAGCGAAAAAGGCUCGAUUGAGUGAUCGUCAGGAUGGAACUGAUCUUGCAUCUGUGCGAAAAACGGUCUUGAGGGUUGCUCGUUCAAGCUCUCGAGAUUCGUCAGUGUCCUCCUCGCGGCCGAGUUACGUCCCUUGGGAUCGCGAGCGUUUCCUUGAAAGACUGGAGACAUUUCGCCGGGUUGAUCGAUGGUCACCAAAACCAUCAGCUAUAAACGAAUUGGAGUGGGCUAAGCGCGGGUGGAUCUGUUCAGAUGUGUCGCGAGUGGCAUGCGUCGGAGGGUGUGGCGGUUCCGUUGUCGUCAAACUACCAGAUGAGCUCGAUGAAUUAGAUGGGUACGACAGCGAGAAGGUGCAAGAGAGGAAGGAAGUUCGCGCCAAACUCGUUGAAGAAUAUGCUAGUCUCCUAGUUCAAGGUCAUGGCGAGAAUUGUCCAUGGCGAAACAAGGGUUGCGAUGGUACAAUCCAUCGUUUGGCCUUAUCCAACCCUGAUACAGCAAUCUCUGGUCUCCGGACACGCUAUUUGAAUAUCGCUAAGAUGGCCGACCAGUUACCAUCUCCGGAAACUAUUCAGACCCCUGAGCCAUUUGACCUCGAGACCAUAAUCAAGAUACUUCCUGAUGAUUUCGAGAGGAUUGAGGAACAUACUGAGAUAGCUGUACCUCAAACUCCUCAACGCGUCGAUGAAAACCAACUGGCUUCUGUUCAAAGUCCGCCUACGCAGGAAAUCGCGAUUAAUAGGACGGCUUUUGCGCUCGCCUUCUUUGGGUGGGACUCCGUCGCAGAUGGUGCAGCAGGCUUGGCAGGCUGUGGUGCCUGCUUCCGGCGCUUGGGACUCUGGAUGUACAAACCGAAGGACAGCGGCGAUACGUCUGUUUACGACGCACUUGAUGUUGCUACUGAGCACAUGGAUUACUGCCCAUGGGUCAGCGGCAAGGCUCAAAGCGGUACCGGAAAGUCAUCUGAGAAGUCAGCAGAGCUACGCAGUGGAUGGGAACUCUUGGCUCAAGCGCUCAAAGUGAAGCACCGCCGACAUAUUCGAUCCACGGUGUCUGUCGAUAGCCGUGCCGUUUCCGAAACCCCCUCCGCGGAUGGUCUGACGGCUGACGAAGCAAACAGUGAGGCCAAAAAGGCUAGCGACCGCGAAUGGUGGGCAAAGCUGCGGCGGAUGAGACAAGUACUGAAUGUCAAGUCUCCAAAGAAGCCAAUCGCGCCAUAAUAUUGUUCUUCAUUGUUUCUCGGGUUGUUUUGGCUAUGCGAGCGUGGCGUUACGGGCAUUGGUUUUCACGUGUUAAUGUCUAUUUGUACAGUACCUGAAUAUAUCAUAGAGCGAGUUAUUCUAUUGCUCAAUUACAUCUUGCAUAACAAUGC